AUGGAGGACAUCGAAUUUCAACCCGGUGUCUUUUCUCACCGACAGGAGAAUUCAGCACUUCCACCCACGGACCGCGGCAAAGAUGCAUGGCUAACCCUAGCUGCUUGUUGUGCUCUAGAAGCAUUAGUCUGGGGUUUCCCAUUUUCCUUCGGGGUAUUCCAAGAGUAUUAUGACCGCCAGGAAGCAUUCGCCAGCGAAAAAUCGACUGUCGCUGUAAUCGGCACGACGGCGACUGGUUUAAUGUAUUGCACUGCGCCCUUAAUCUAUGGCCUCCUCCGUUGGUUCCCAAAAUAUAGGAAACUGCUCAGCGUCAUGGGAUACAUCGUUCUCUUAGCCAGCAUCGUUGGCGCCUCUUUCGCAAAUACGGCUUCUCAGCUGCUAGCUACACAGGGAGUUCUCUAUGCCUUGGGCGGAUCCGUUCAUUACUUCCCUGCUUUCUUAUAUCUAGAUGAAUGGUUCGUUCAACGAAAAGGCCUAGCGUAUGGGAUUUUCAUUGCCGGAGCUGGUAUAGCUGGGGUAGUGACACCUUUUGCUAUGUCCUGGAUCUUAGAUAUAUGGGGAUUUCGAACUGCCCUACGCACUUGGGCAAUCCUUUCCUUCACUCUGACAACCCCCGCCCUCUUUUUCAUGAAAAGACGAAUACCUUAUUCCCAAAGUCCCAGAGGCCCUAUGAAACUAGACUUGAAGUUCCUCAAAAGUCCCAGUCUGUGGAUUCUGCUUUUUGGUAAUAUUGUCCAAAGCCUGGGAUAUUUUAUGCCUACCUUUUAUAUGCCAUCUUUUGCGGUUGACCAGGGCUGGUCCACGCUCUCAGGCACAGUUGCUAUUGCGCUAUUUAGAGCCGCUAAUGUAGUGGGUGCUACUCUCAUGGGGUGGCUAGUGGAUCGUUAUCAUGUAACUUUCGCUUUGAAUAUUUGCGCCGGAGGGACCGUGGUGGCCGUGUUCCUUUUUUGGAGCUUUGCGGUAUACAAACCAAUGCUCUUCAUUUUUGCUUUUUUGUAUGGUGUCUUCGCCGGUGGAUUUCCUGCAACCUGGUCGGGUUGCGGGAGUGUGGUGCGACGCAGCUACAAUGUUGAGACAGGAAUGAUUAUGGCUCUGUUCACUUCUGGCAAAGGCAUUGGAUCCUUGAUAUCUGGUCCGGUAGGUAGUGCUCUCAUGGCGAGUGAUGCUUUGAAACGGGGUGUUGGAUUCGCUUAUGGUAGCGGAUAUGGGUAUCUCAUUAUUUUCUGUGGGUUCACGGCUUCAUUUACAACCGUUGGAUGGAUAGGUAAGAAGUUUGGAUUGGUGGGUUAG